UGCAGAUUAUGUUGGCUUUAUCAAGAAGAUCAUGAAGCUGUUGCAGCAUGGCUACAAUGAGAUCCAGUCCAUUGAGAUCGAGCUGCGCAUUUUGGAGGAGACGUCGGCGCCGCCGUCACGUCCGCCGCGCGAUGGCUACAUCAUCUAUUGCUAUGGAGACUGCAAUCGCAAGUUCGAGGAGGCGUUGCUCGCCCAGAAGAAAACAGUUUCCCUGGAGGAAUCACAAUUUGAAUCUCCACCGUUGACGCAGGAGAAGGUGCUGGAGCUGAUUGAGCAGGCCUAUCCGAGUCCCGUUUCGCCGGAAGAUUUGGCAAAGGACUAUGGCUGGAAUGAACAGGAUGUGCUGCUGGUCAUACAAUCGCUGCAGGAGCGCGGCCUCAUCAAGUCCAUGGAGUACAAUGCGUACACCCGCAUCCAUCACGAGGACAAGGAGAUCAAGGUGGUCAAACAGAUGCCGACGAUAGCCUCCAACAAGCAGCCAACGAUUGCCAUCAUAACGGCCCAGUACUGUGAGAAGCUCGCCGUGGACGCCAUGUUGGAGAACAAGGAGACGUUUGUUCGCUACACCACAGUCGGCGAAUCGAAUGUGUAUACCUUGGGCAACAUUGGAGCACAUCGGAUAGUUAGCACCAAGCUGCCGUCGGCGGGCAGUACACGGGAGGCGAUGACGGCGACGGGCAAUACGACAACCAGACUGCUGGGCACAUUCCAAAAGGUUGACUAUGUCUUCAUUGUGGGCGUGGCUGGCGGAGUGCCACACUAUACGGACUACAAGAAGCACGUGCGAUUGGGCGACGUUGUCAUUUCAUAUGUGGACAAGCAGCGUGCGCUGCUCAACAGCAAGGAGAAACCAUAUGUGUAUGUCUAUAAGACCGGCGACGAUGUCAAGACAUAUUUCCCAGUCAACGAUUCGCUGCAACAGAUCGCCGAGAGUCUGCAGGCCAACAUGGAGCUGAAGCGUCCGUGGGAAAAGUAUUUGCUCGAUGCCCAGCAAUCGCUCGCCCAGAAGACGGAAAGCGACUUUGGCCGACCGGACGGCAAGACGGAUAAACUGUUCAUGAAUAUUGGCAAUAACGAGGUCAUCGAGGUGGCCCAUCCAAUUGCCGCCGAUGAGAUCAAUGGCGUGACACGGCCGCGCCUGCAUCUGGGUCCGAUCGGCUCUGGUCGGGAUCUGGUGCGAAAUGAUGAUUUGCGCACAAAGUUUGCACGUAAAUUUGGCCUGCUGGCCACGGAUGUCGAGAUGAGCAGCGUGCUGGACAGCAUCAUUGGCAAUUGUCGGGAGAGCUUUAUACUGAUUAAGGGCAUAUCCGACUACAAGGACGGCAUGUCCACGCGCAAAUGGCAGAACUAUGCCGCACUCUCAGCCGCCGCAGUGGUUAAGUCCGUCAUCUGUGGUAUGGAUGCGCCCACAAAUGUCUAGGCGUGCCUUUCCAUCGAUAACUCGGCGGAUUCUUCAGCUAAUGAUUUUACCAUUUCAUAUACAUAUACAUAAGCAUAUAUGUAUGUAUAGAUACAUAUAUUUACCGUUUUUUUUUUAUUACAUACCUUGUAAUUUUGCUUAGAUCCUGCAAAGUAUUUAUCGAAAUGUUCUUAUUUUGUUCCCUGUGCGUUAUUAACCAAAAGCGGAUCCUGGAUUUAUGUCUGGCGGCUCCUAAAAGUAGACCAAAAUGUAUGCGUUUAUCUAAUACCCUAUAAACAUGCAUAUGUACAAGUAA